AUGUCACGCACCGUGAUGGGCCUUCAAAACCCGGAAUCAGAAAAGAGUUACCUGGCCGUAUCGGGCUGUUAUAGGCGUCCGAACUGGAAACCGUUCGCCACAGUGAUCGUGCCCGCAUCAGGUCUUUGUGCUGACCUUCUGAGUUCUCCGUUCUCCGGCGCGAUGUCCGAGAUAUCGUCGGAGGGGGCGUCCACGGGCGCCUCCGACAGUAGAUCCUCGGAAGGCUGGAAGCAGCGCAUCAUCGUUUCCACCCUACUCGCUGGGGUCGUCGGUGGAGGAGCUGGUUUGAUCUCGAAGCACGGGAAAACUCUUGGCGUCGGUGUCACCGCAGCCUCCGUAGCGGCCAAUUUUGCCAUCGCCACGGGAUGCUACUGCAGUGCACGUGAAAUUGCACGUGAUGCUCGGGCUUCAAACCCUGAUGAUCUUAUGAAUUCAAUAGUGGGAGGAUUAGCAAGUGGAGCAAUUCUUGGAAGAUUGCAAGGUGGCCAACUCGGAGCAGCUAAAUAUGCUAUCCUUUUCGCAGCUGCUGGAACAGCUGUAGACUUUACUACGAUACAGCUGAGGCCUUACUUUCAGAGUUUCAUCUCCAGUGUCAGAGACAGGAAGUCUAACUGGAGUCUGCCAGAGUGGUCUCCAAUCCAAAUACUAGAUGAAGAAGCUCUUGCCGCUAAGCGUGCACGAGAAGAGCAGCAAUUUGCUCAGAGAAGACUUGGCGAAUUUAGAAAAGAAGAAUCUUAAGUUAGAGACUUGCUGUAGCGUUGCUCAUUCUGUAAUUUUCUCAAUAUCUCUUUUCUAGCAGUGAUCUGCAAAUAUCGGUCAUGGUUCCAAGAUAACUGCACUUGUUGAAUCAAAAAUUAAACAUACCUCCAGAUCAGGUAAUCUUUUGUGAUGUGUGAGGGACUGAGAAUAAGAAAAUAUUUAAAUUACUUUGUUCUUUUA